AUGAAAGUCAUUUCCCAACACUUGGCCCUUUGGCAGCACGCAGAUCUGCUGCUGCAAUUGCCCAAACUGGGGCCCCCGCUGGAAAAGGCCCGGCAGCGGCUGCUGCAGAUCCUGCGCUCAGCAGCAGCAGCAGCAGCAGCAGCAGCAGCAGCAAAGGGCCCCCAGGCUGCUGAGGCGCUGGGGUGUAUUCGCAGGUCGCUGCAGCAGCUAGUAGACAGCAUGGAAGCAGAAGGCAUUUCUGUUUUGCCAAUUCAAGAAGCUCUUGAGAAAUAUAAUUCACAACCAACCGAAAACUAG